UUUAACACACACACACACCACACAGAAAACAAAACAGGCUUUAAUGUUUAGUCUCUUGUUCACGUGAAAGAACAGAUUGCAUUUGGAUAACCUCCACAAGCAGAAACGAUUUUGAUAUCAUCAUAUCUAUAAAUAUAUACGAGACGUAUACAUAUUACCUCUCAACUCAAACCAAUUAAGAGAUGAGUUUUGGAUCUCGUCUUCUUUUGUUUCUCAUACUAACCCUUCCACUUGUUGCAUCUUCAUCCCGGAACACUCUUUCUAUUUCAGGAAUUGGGCAGACAAGGACAUUGUUGAUGGUCAGCAUCGAGGAUUAUGGUGAUCCGUCUGCAAAUACUAGACACGAUCCCAGCGUUCCGACUAAUGCAAAAGCUGACACAGCACCUUAAACCUCUUUUUAGUUUACCUGUUUAGUCUUUGUUGAAUAAUAAUCUGUUAUUUACUUCUGAAUGAGUUGAUUUCCCCCAAUCUAUGUAACCUGUAGUAUAUUUUUCUGAGUAACAAAGCAAAAAAAAACUUUUAUAAACCAUGUGAGCUAUGUAUUAAUCAGACAAUUCUGCAAUAUUCAAGCAAAAAA